AUUCCGAAUGGACUUAUGAGCAGGAAAAAUGUAUUUGGUUGUAUUUAUUGUUGUUUUAUUAAAUAUUUUUCAAGUUGAAAGUUGUGUAAUCAACGGUGUUAACUUUACAAAACUCGACAGUUUUGGUCAAUGGAAGUCAGCUUCAGAUGAUAGAAACACCUCGUACAUGAUUAAACUAUGUAACAGUUUGUCAACAAGUGAUAGCAUUCCUGGUUGUCACAGUAACACGCAUAUAUGUAUGACACGAAAGAAUGAUCCAAAAUUUACCAAACCAUUGUCAACUGGUAACUCAACUGAGUCUGGUUUACCAAACAAUGCCAAACAUAAUGUAACUGGAGAAGUUUGGUUUAUUGCUGCUGGAGAUCCUUGUCCUGAUGAUCCGACUGAAAACCUAACAUCAAUUAUAAAUUUUAGAUGUGGGCUCACAAUGGGGUCUCCAGUAUUUGUAGAAUAUUCCUCAUGUACAAGUUAUUUUGAGUGGCAGACUGUGUUUGUUUGUAAGGAUGUCCUAAAAACAGCUGUAAAAGAAGUUCCAUGCUAUGUUUAUGAUGAUGACAAUGAGAAAUAUGACUUGACACAGCUUAUUAAACCAGAGAGUGGUUAUCUGGUGGAUUCUACAGAAGGAUGGGACUUUUAUAUCAACGUCUGUCGAGAUAUCACUGCUGGGGCAGCAACAGCUAAAUGCCCAAAAGGAUCAGGUGCAUGUCGUAUCCAUGGAGAUACAGUGAAUGACAUGGGUCAGCCAGACAAGAAGUUAAAAAGAAACAUAAAUGGAAACCUAGAAUUACGUUAUUCAUCACAGCAGAAUGUGACAGGGUGUACAGUACAUCCUUCUACUGCCAUAGAAUUUAUAUGUCCUAAACAGGGAGGGAGUAAAGAUCCGGUUUUAAUCUCUGAUUUCAACUGCCAGUAUAAAAUUGAAUGGUAUACAGAACAUGCAUGCAAAGAGUCUUUUAUAACCAGUAAAACUUGUAGAAUUACACAGGAGGAUAGAAAUAUAGAUAUUAACCUUUCACCUCUGACCCAUGACAAAGCGAGUAACCAUCCAUAUGAAGCACUAGAUUUGCCAAAAAAUCAGUAUUGGAUUAAUAUUUGUGAAGAUAUAGGGAUUCAGUGUCCAGAUAGUGACCAUGUCAAAGGUGUUGCGGCUUGUCAGACUUAUUUAGGGUCGUCAACAGUGGCACAUGUGUUAGGAAAGACAGAUAAAAUGUUGUUAAGGUAUGCUGAUGGAGACUUGACCUUGACCUACAGAGGUGGUGAACCAUGUCCUCAUUCUCAUUUCAAGAGAGCAACUGUCAUUAACUUCAUAUGCAAUGCAACAGCAGAUCAUAAUGGAAGUGGAUGGCCAAAGUUUGAUUAUGAAUAUGAGUGUACAUACUACUUCAAGUGGGAAACUAAGUAUGCUUGUUUAAAUCAUCCUGUCGAUGCUGAGUGCCGUGUCAACUACAAUGGGAAGAGAUUUGACCUUUCACCUCUAGUCAGACAUUCUGGUAUGAAUUGGGAAGUUUUGGAUGUGGAUAGAAACAAUAAAAAGAACAGAUAUUUUAUAAACAUGUGUAAUGACUUGUUAUUGGCUGGUGAUGCUGCAAGAUGUCAUCCAGAUACUUCUGUGUGUUUGAUAGAUGAUCAGAGUAAAGUACACAAUCUAGGAUCCUAUACACAGAACCCUGCCUAUGAUAAUUCUACUGGAACUGAUUUACUACAAAUAACAUUUACUAAUGGUGAUCUAUGCCAGGCUGGAAAUAAAAGGAAGAAAUCAAUUGUCACAUUUGUAUGUAAACCAGGUGAUUUAGAAAGUGGACCUGUAUUUAUUCGGAGCUCAUUAGAUGAGUGUAUAUAUGAAUUUGAAUGGUAUACUGCCUCAGCUUGUAUACUGUUACAUUCCACAGGGGACCAGUGUAGAGUUUUUGACAAACAAGCAGGCAUAAACUUUGAUCUCAGCAAACUGACCAAGCCAAGUAAAGAGUAUUACAAUGUAACCACUGACAAAUACUUCUAUCUGAUGAAUGUGUGUGAUAAAGUGGAUGGUGUUCAAUCAUGUGGAACAACGUCUAAUCCAGGUGUAUGUCAGGUCAGCAAGGCUAGUAAUGGAAAUUCUUUCAACAUAGGAAAAUCUACAGGAAAACUGAAUUAUUAUGAUGGUAUGAUCAAUUUAACAUACACAAACGGAGAUGCAUAUCAUGUUACCCCAGCCCACAAUCGUACAACUGAAAUAGCUUUUCUGUGUGACAGAGGUGCAGGAGUCGGCCAUCCAGAAUUUGUUGAAGAAAAAGAUUACUAUUAUAACUUUAAAUGGUUUACAUCCUAUGCCUGUCCAAACCCACCAAUCGAAUGUACUGUUACAGAUUCGUUAGCCAAUCAACAGUAUGAUCUGUCUAGCUUAGCAAAAUCAGGAGACCAAGGUAAUUGGGAGAUCUUAGAUGACCACAAUCCUAACCAUAAAACCAAGUAUUACAUCAAUGUAUGUAGACCUGUCAAUCAAGUUGGGAUAGGUAAAGGAUGUGCCACCUUUGCUGCUGCCUGUCAAUCUAAGUUUGAUAAAAAUGGACUGGAAGUGAUCGAUGCUACCUAUGCUAAUCGUGGAGAAAUAACUAAAGGUCCACAGAUUGAGGGUAAUGGAAGACUGUAUCUGCAAUAUAAAACACAAUCUAAAUUGUGCACAGAAGAUAAUGGACAGAAGUCACCAUUUUUAACUACUAUUCAUUUUGUCUGUACUAAAGGGGCCCUGACAAGAGGCCCAAAUAUUCCUGUUCAGAUAGGUAAUUGUGAAGAGUCUAUUAUCUGGGAGACAGAAGCAGCCUGUCCAUUAGCAAUAGCAGAGACAGAUACCUGUACUGUUAAAGAUCCUAAUUCAGAAUACAUGUUUAACUUAAAUCCACUUAAAAAGAAGGGCGACACUGACUUCUACAAAGUAAUGAAUGUUGCCAAUGGGAAAACAACAACUUAUAGGAUAAAUGUGUGUGGAGAAAUUUCUACAACCAAUUGUGCAAAGACAAUGAAUUUCUCAUCUACAAUAUGUGAAGAGAAAACUGGGGGCAUUAAACAAGGAAUAGCCAACAUGCAUAACUAUAAACUUUAUUUCUCUGAUGAUGGACAACUGACUCUUAAUUAUUAUGGAGCAAGAAAUGGUGUAACAGGUAAAGUGACAGAAGUUAUUAUCCUGUUUCUAUGUAAACAAGAUGUAGAAUAUGGAGUACCUAUAUUUGAAAAGAAGGAGGAGGAGAAAUAUUUCUUCAAGUUUGAAACUGCUCUUGCAUGCAGUCCACAGCCUGUUGAUUGUGUAGCUCAGGAUAGUUCAGGGCACCAGUAUGACUUGUCUAAUCUAGCUAGAAUACAUGACUGGAAGGUACCAGAUCCAAGACCAGGUCACACUGAUCUGGCCUAUUACAUCAAUGUUUGUAGACCAAUCAACACAAUACAAGGAACUUCAUGUCCAGGAGGUCCUGUUGGUGGAUGUCAGGUAUCAACACAUGGAGGGGCUUUUAACAUGGGAUAUAUACAGUCCAAACCAGUAGUGGUUGGCGAUGGUACUUUGGUGAUAAGGUACAGAAAUGGAGAUAUUUGUCAUGCUGGUACAAAAAGACAAGCACAUAGAAGUACAAGGAUAACAUUUAUGUGUUCAUUAGUAGAGCAUGACCCAGUUUUUGAAGGCGAGACAGAGGAAUGUGAAUACAUCUUCCAUUGGAUGACACCAAGCGCAUGUAAACAAAAUCCAUCAAAAAUUGGAAAGGACUGUAAAGUUGUUGACACACUAUACAACUAUGAAUUUGAUCUGAAUGUCCUGAAAAAAGAUACAGAUUAUAGUGUGACAGCUGGAGAAUUCUCCUACUUACUGAACAUCUGUCAGGGUGUGAAGACAGCAAACACUGGUUGUGGAUCUAAUACAGCUGUUUGUCAAACAAAACCAGCAGAUAAAAAUUUUCAUAAAGAUUCAGGUAAUGUGAAUGCUGCUUUGAUGUAUGAUGAAGGGGAGAUUACUCUUACAUAUAACGAAGGAGAGCCAUGCCAUAAUGGUAAAUUCAAAAGGAAAACAAUCAUCACAUUCUCAUGUGACCAGUCUGUUACUGGAAGAGAUGGACCACAUUUCAUCAAUGAAACAUCGGAUUGUAUCUAUCAGUUUAUAUGGCCAACCAGAUAUGCCUGUCCUCCAUUUAGAACUGGAGAAUGCACAGCACAGGAUUCAGUUUCUGGGAAGACCUUUGACCUUUCAACCUUAGCCAUGACUGACAACAAUUAUGAGUAUAUUGAUUACACCAAAAAGAAGAAGUAUAUCUUUAAUGUCUGUAGAAGUCUAGUGCAUAAGAAAGGUCAGAUCUGUCCAUUUAAUGCAGCAGCAUGUGAAAUUGAUUAUCAAAGUACAAAUAACACAUAUCACAAUCUUGGUGAAGUCAAUGCACAACAGGUUUUAGUGGAUAAUGGCAAAGUGGAGUUAUUCUACACCAAUGGAGAAUUGUGUGAGGAUGGCAAAACUAAAGUGUCAACACGGGUUAUAUUCUACUGUAGUCAGUCAGUUAAGGACUCACAUCCUGGUGGACAUUUUAGAGUUGGUUGUGAGCACCAUUUUGUAUGGUCUACAGAAGCUGGAUGUCCUAUCACAGAAACAGUGGGAAAUAAUUGUACUGUUACCAACCCAGAAACAGGUCAUGUCUUCAAUUUGAAUGGUUUAUCACAGAAAGUGUUCUCAUUAGAGGACAAGAGAGGACAUACAUUUGAUCUACAGAUCUGUAAAGCUUUACAGACUCCAGACUGUGCUGGGACCUCUGGUGCUUGUCAGAAAGAAAAGUUAGGGUUGAAGAGAAAAUGGAAUGCAGGGAAUGCUAACAGUAAACUAGUGUUAGAUGAUGACAUCCUGAUGCUAAAUUAUACUGGGGGAACUUCUUGUCAUCACAACACAUUCCAGAGAAAUACUGUUAUCAACUUUGUGUGUUCUAAAGAUGCAGGGCAGGGAACACCAGUGUUUGUUGAUGAAUCGGAUGACUGCACAUAUUUUAUACACUGGAAAACUGAACUAGCUUGUGAAGAAAAGAUACUUUGCUCAGCAGAUAUAGGAAAGGACAAAACCUUUGACUUGAGUCCAUUAAUCAAGAGAUCUGGACACCAUUUGGUCUUACCAUCUUCAUCACAGGCCACAAACGAGACAUUUUAUAUCAAUGUGUGUGAACCUUUAAACCCAAUCUAUGAUACCUUGUGUCCACCAGGAGCAAGUGCUUGUUCUGUCAAAGCAGGGAGUAAACCUAUUAGCUUGGGUAAAUUAAAAGCAAGACCAUAUAAUGACACAAAGACAGGAAAGAUAACAUUAGAAUAUAUACAUGGUAAUAAAUGCCCUUCAAAUGAUAAUCAGAAUGCAUCAACUAGGAUUGUAUUUAACUGUAAACCAGGCCCUGAACAGGGUGAACCCCGUCUUGAGUCUAUCUCAGCAGAUUGUGUUUAUAACUUUGUAUGGGAUACUAAUGUUGUAUGUCAAGAAAGUGACAUACAAGUGCCAGUGUCCUUAAAAGAUUGUGUCUACAAAGAUGAUUCUGGACUAUAUAUAGACCUGAAGGACCUGAAGACUGAUACUCCUAUUGAGGUUCAAAACACAGAAAGUGGAAAGACAGUGAAAUACUUGGUGAAUAUUUGUGACAAAGUAAAAACAUCAACCCCUGGCUGUGGUUCUACAUCUAUAUGUAAAGUGGAUGGGACCAAAGGUUUCCAAUAUGGAAGUGUUGGCAGUGGGACUUUUACAAAACUUGAUGGAGAUCUACAAAUGUACUUUAGUAAUGGAGAUACUUGUCAAGGUACUACAAAAAGUUCUGGAAUGAUACAGUUUAAGUGUGAUCCAGAUGUACCAAUAGGAAAACCAGAAAUUUCAUUUAUUAAACCUUGUCAAGCAGCGUUUACUUGGAAUACCAGACAGGUGUGUCCUAAUGUAGCUGAUAGUUGUUCUCUUAGUUAUGGCGGCCAUAUUUAUGACCUAAAUAUCCUGUCCAGUACAACAAAAUCAUGGCAAGCAAAAGAUUCUGCAGGGAACCAAUAUUGGCUAAAUAUAUGUGAAGGAGUUCAUAGCAACCUGAAAUCAGAAAGCUGCCCAGCUACAGCAGCUGGCUGUAGAAAAACAAAAUCUGGUAUAAUAGAUACAUUGGGACUGAUUUCUACACAGAAACUCACAAUGGAUGCUGAUGGUAAAACAUUAGUAUUGGAAUACUCACAUGGAAAUUCAGCUUGUUCACAUGCCAAAAGAAGAAGUGACAAUCUUCUGGCUAAAGUUGUUGUUAGAUUUGAAUGUGGGAAUACAGUGGGAGGUCCUGUGUAUGUACCUGGAAGUGACAGUAAUAGUUGUGUGUUUGAAUUUAAAUGGAAAUCUCAUGUGGCAUGCAGAGUAGAAAGAGAAGAAAUUGGAGUAAAAAAUAAUAAUACUAUUACUGAUCCAAGAUCUGGUGGAAUAAUUCAUCUGGAUAAACUUACAAUAAAAUCAUACACUUUAUCGGAAGGAAAGUCAACCUACUACAUAGACACUUCAGGACAAGCCAAUGGUUGUACUAGUGCUGUUGUUUGUAAACGUGUAGCUAAUAUUGAAGGAGGCAUGAAUAUAGGCCAACGCAAUAACAGAAAGUUUUAUAUUGAAGAUGAUGUUUUACAAGCUGAAUACUCAUCAGAUCAAGAAUGUGAACAUGAUAAAAGUAAAAAAUCGAAAAGUAUCAUACAGUUCCAUUGUAAUUCUAAAGAGUCUUCACCAUACCUCCUGUCAGAAUCAAGAGAUUGUGUGUAUCUAUUCAUAUGGGAAACACCUCAUACAUGCAUAACUCCUCAAGUUGUAAUCCAGACACCUGCUUCUACUGGAUCUAACACAGGAAAUAAUGCUGCCCAGGCAAAUAAUAAUAAAAAAGACGAAUCAGGAUCAGGAAAGAUUGGUAUAAUAGUUGCUGUAUUCUCAGUAGCUAUUCUUGUGUGUGUUUUACUGAUCAUAUUCCAUAAAGCAGAAAGAAGAUCAGCAUUUAAAGCAAAGAUCACAAGUAUUUUUAGUAGAGAUGGAAGAGAGAGAGCUCUUUAUAAUAGUUUACCAAGUGCAGAAGAUGAAGAUGAAAACAACGAUGAUGAUGAAGUUGUUUUAUUAACACAUGAAGAACAGAUGUCCAGUAGAAUAGAAUCUGCAGACGGUCAAACACAUGAUUUAACAGAUGACGUUAAAAUAUUAAAUCCUUUUGCAGACGCUGAAGGAGGUUACCAUGACGAUAGUGAUGAAGAUCUGUUAGCAUGAUCUCUAUUUGUUAAUGUAUUUGAUUUUUUAAAAACUAAAUGUGGUGUCCAAUGUUUAUAAAAUGUGAUUGUUUAUUUCCAUAAAAGAUAUUUCGUCUUUUUUGGAUAAAUUUGUGUUGACUGUGAUACAAAGAUGAUUAUUUAAAUACAGUGUAACCUGUCUCAUCCGACACCUAAGUAUUCCAACAUCCUGCUUUAACUGACACAUUUUCAAUGUCCAAAAAUAUGUCAUACCUUGCAGAAAAAACCCUGAGUAUUUCGUCACCCUGUUUAAUCCUGCAUUUUUUUCUGGUUCCCCAAGUGUGUCGGAGUACACAGGUUACACUGUAGUAUAUAUUGCGGGAAAAUAUGUGGUCAUACUAAUAAAAAAACCUUAUACAUGCACAUGAAACCAUUGUAAAAUAUCUACAGCAUUUCUUUAAAAAAAUAUACCACAUGAGAUCUGUUCAAUUAAUUUUGUAUAUAAGCAGAAAUGAUUUCAUUUACAAUGAGACACUCUUUGUUUUUUGUUUUUUUAUUGAAAAAUUAAGGAAAUAUAUAUUCGAGUAUUCAGGUAGGAAAGACACUUUCACAAAAUCUUGCUUACAUUAUUUUGCUAUGAUUUAUGUUGUAUUUUAUUGAUCUGAAUAUUUUUUUGAGGUGAACAUAGUCUUUGCUAUAUUUAUUUAAAUUUGGGAAUGGGGUAUGUGAAUUUGGGAACAAAAUCAUCUCACUCUGUCUUUUUUAUAAUCAACAUGUUGUUUGCUUGUUGUUACAUGUUGAAAGUCAAUUACAUCAAAUUGUUUUGCAUUUUUGCUGACUGACCAUUUCUUCCGCAAUGAUUAGCUUUAAAAUCUAACUGUAUGAAGUGCUCAAGUAUCUUUAUGACUUGAUUUAUUAGUAGAUAAAAGGAACAGCUUAUUACAUUGCUGCUCUUGAUCUACACAGUUGUUUUAAUGUAUUAAAUAAUUAACCAAAGAACUAACCCAUGACAUUUAGAUUAACUUAGACCUUGGCUUAUAAUAAAUGAUUAUAAGUUAAGUUUUAUUUUACAAUAUUUGUUUAUUAUGACAGAAGCAAUUUAUCAUUUUAUUUAAGAAUUACCCUUAUAGAAUUUGGUUGUAGAGGUUGAUGUACAAUUCUCACAAGUUCAUCACACACACACUCUGUAUUCAUAUUAUUGUUCUCGGUAAUUCAUGUUAUAAUUUUCCAUAUUCAAUCUUAUUAUUUGAUUCAUCAAAAUGGCUCAGAAUGUUACAGGAUUUAUGAUGAAAAUAACAAGUCAUUGAAAUAAGAAUUGCUUUGCUGGAUAUUGCAUUACUACUUUUAAUUUAGCACUCUUUAUUUCAAAAGCUAUACAUUUUAAAACUGUUUUCCCACAGUUUACUUAUAAGAAAAACUGUUGGAUGAUUUAGAUUUAACUU